ACUUCCACCGAUACGUGAUCGUCGAUUGCUCCUGAUUCCGAGCGACGCAACGAUUUUCUUCGUAAAAUCCACAAAAAAAAAACAGUUCAGUUAAAAACCUGUCUGGAUCGCGUGAGUUCUCAGUAAUAAGACGUGAAUUUACAGUGAUUUAUAACAAUAAAAAAUGACGGAAGUAGCAGUUGACAUUAAUGAGAUAGAACAAGGACCGCUGGAGACGAAAGAUAUGAAUCCGGUCGCAGAGGAAUGUCGGAUCGAUAUGCAAUCAGGAUUAUCAAACGAAGUCGAUUCACAAACUAAUGGGAAAAUGAUGACGGACUAUGCAAGCCUUGUUGAACGCACGCGAAAUGCAUUCCUUAGUGGUAAGACUAGGCCGUUGGAAUGGAGAAUAAAACAAGUGAAGCAGGCUCUACUGAUGUUAAAAGAAUGCAGACAAGAGAUUCUUUCUGCUCUUACUGCAGACUUGCGCAGAUGUAAAUUUGAAGGUGUUGCUUUAGACGUACUAGUCACAGAAGGAGAGGUUCAAGAAUUAUCUACGCAUCUUAAAGAAUGGGCAGCUGACGAAAAGCCACCAAAAUCAUUAGUGAAUAUAUUGGAUGGGGUACAAAUUAAAAAAGAUCCAUAUGGCGUAGUUCUUAUUAUGGGACCGUGGAAUUACCCCUUUCAACUAUGUGCAAUCCCUCUUAUAGGUGCAAUAGCUGCAGGAAAUUGUGCCAUUCUAAAACCAUCAGAAUUAUCUCCUGCUACAUCGAAAGUUUUUGCAAAAAUAAUACCAAAAUAUUUAGAUCAAGAAUGUGUUCACGUUGUAUUAGGAGGCAUUCCUGAAACAACAGAACUGCUUAAACAAAGAUUUGAUUACAUCUUUUACACAGGUUCAACCACAGUCGGGAAAAUUGUUCGUGAUGCAGCUAACAAAUACUUAACGCCCACUACCUUAGAACUUGGUGGAAAAAGUCCUGUAUACAUAGAUAACACAGCGGAUUUAAAUAUCACUGUGAGAAGAAUAAUUUGGGGUAAAUGCAUUAAUGUUGGACAAACUUGCAUCGCUCCUGAUUAUGUACUCUGUACUCCCGAGAUUCAAGAGAAAUUUAUAAAAAAAGCGGAACAAGUUCUGAAGGAAUGGUUUGGUGAUAAUCCCAAGGAAAGCCCAGAUCUCGCUCGUAUAAUUAAUGAAACUCAUUACCAACGACUAAUAAAAUAUUUAAGCAAUGGUAAAGUAGCAUUAGGAGGAGUUUGUGAUCCUACUGAGAGGUAUAUUUCGCCGACUAUACUUGUCGAUGUUAAACCCACGGAUCCAGUGAUGCAGGAGGAAAUAUUUGGUCCAAUAUUACCAUUCAUAAACGUGAAUAAUGCUUACGAAGCAAUCAGUUUCAUAAAUAACCGGGAGAAGCCUUUAGCAUUGUACAUAUUUAGUACUGAUACCAAAGCUGUAUCGUUAAUACUCGACAAUACAAGCAGUGGUAAUGUUUGUGUUAAUGAUGCCAUGAUGCAUGCAGCAGUUGACACUUUACCCUUCGGUGGAGUGGGCAAUUCUGGUAUGGGAUCUUACCAUGGAAAGUAUACUUAUGAUUGCUUUGUACACAAAAAAGGAAUUCUUAUUAAAGACUUCAAUAAGCUAGGAGAAACGAUUGCUUCAUGUCGGUAUCCACCAUAUACCGAUAAAAAAUUGACUUUCUUAGAAUUUCUAAUGGCAAAACGCCCUGAUAUACCAGGAGCUAAAUACAUUCCACAUCUCUUAGCAUUUGGUUUAGGAGUCCUUGUCACAUUUGGUGUUACAACCAUGUUAAAGGUAUAUAAACUUAGGCAUAUUUAGUGCACUUUUCAAUUUCUCUUUUGCUCAACUAAACAGUAUUUGUCACUGCACAAAUUGCUAUCACACAGUGUAUAAAAGUUUCAAUAUUUGUAAAGCGUUGAUAUAGUUGAUAUUUUUGUUGUAUUUUACACUGAAUGUGUAAUUCAUCACUCGUGAAAACUUUACACUCGGAAUUAUCUGUAGUAGUUGAAUUUUGAAAUCAUGUUGUAUUCUUAUAUAUUUUAUGCAUAUGUACUUAGUUCUGUGUCGUCACGCUUAUAAAGAUAUUUGUUGUGAAUUGCAAACAAAAACCACUGAACAGUACGCACACUUAAUUAAUGUUAUCAUUUAUCAUAUAUGUGUUAACAUUAUAUAAUUUAUCAAAAAUU